UCAUGGCAGACAAUGCCAAAAAUGAUGAGGAUUGGGAUAUCUUGACAAGGAGCAUUGAGGCCUCUGUGGAGGUUAUCCAAGUGGCUGGCAAGGUGAGGAUAUCUCAGAUAGCUUCCUGGCAGGACUACCCUAUCAAGUCCUGGUUGGGCCUGUACGCACUGUGUCAGGAGAGUGGGAAGGAUGUCGAGGCUACAGAGCAUGACAGAGUCCAGUCCGUUUGCAGCUCCAGGCCUGGUUCCCAUGUCUCUGGUCUGAGCCAUACCUCCUCCAUGCUCACCCAAGCCCUGGCCUGGCUUUACUCCUCUCCCUAGGUUCACAAUUCCUCUUUCUCUACCAGAGAUCAUUAUUCACUUUAUUACCUACACCCUCCAACCUUCCUUUUUUCUCUAGUGGUCAGCUGAUAAUACCUUAGAAAUCUUCAAGUUGCUUGAAGCCAAAAUCUUAAAUAACAAGAUACCAGCUCCACUAUGCCAGAAGGUGACAGAUGUCAUUGUCAACUACCUGAGGACAACGGUGAGGAGUCCAUGCCUGUGAGCAAAGGGGGAAGGAAAGAUGCCAGGUCUGAACCCAGGAGUUUUCGUUUGGUGGCUGAAGUUAUUUGGAAACUCAUUGGGACCUGGGAUAUGAGUACCUCAAGUUGCCCUUCUCCUCCUCCUCCACCUCCUCCUUCACUAGGAGGCCAGAGGGAAAGCUGGAGGAGAUAGGUACUGCGCUCCUACUGGCCCUGGGGUCGCACAGCCCAGGAAUGGUCAUCAUCAAACUGUGGGACAGCUCUGGUGCACGCAGCCUGCCCCCCAGGAGCCUCCUGGUGGCCGUGGGGAAGCUCAGCCUCUGCCCUGGAACAGCCACCUACAUUGGUACCACAUGGGAAUAUAUUCUGCGUCUGCUGAGGAUGGCACAGGAGGAAGAGGACAUGUUGGCGAUGUGUCAUGCACUCAGGGGAUUGGUCAUCAGUGCCCGGAAGCACCUGGAUCUGGACUCUAAGGACGAUGAAGUGAUGGACAUCACCUCAGAGGCAGUGGCUGUCAAGGCCUACCACACCCUGCAUGUUCUCUUCAACCGUUGGCCCCUGAAAAGCAAGAAAAAGGUGACAGAGCAAGCUCUGAUGAUAAUCGGCCACCUCUUCUUCCUCAUGCCACCAUCCAAACUCAAGAACCAAGUGAACUGGUUAACCCGCCGGUUAAUGACUUUGGCGUCCACAAAUCUGAAGCCUUUCUACCUUUCCCAGUGCAUCUGCCAGCUCUUGGACGCCCUGGCUCUCAGUGGCUGUGGAGGUGUCAACUUGGCAUCCCAGCUGGAAAACAUUACAGACAUGCUAUUCAAUAUGGUGAAUGAAAAAAUCAUCAGCUCAGACCCUUAUUCUGUGCAGAACCACAGCCUGGCCCUGAAGGCAUUCUAUAUCCUGACCAAGCUAUACAGUGAUCAGGUGGUGGUGUUGAUACGAAGGGCCAUGGAAUCCAAGGAUCCAGCCAAGAUCAUAGUAGCCCUGGAGGUUUUCCAGGAUGUGUUCCAUAACGUGCCUCAGACAGAGAAACUGAAGAGUGAUGUGAUGAACUCCGUCGUCAUAGUAAUCCAGGAGGAUCACCCACCAGUGCGGAUGGAACUUCUGAGCCUCAUUGAGAUACUUGCCCAGUAUGACUACCUGCAUCUGCCCCAGGGGAACGUCAUCAUUGACUACCUCAUCAAGCUCAGCGAGCCAGAUCCCUCAAAUGAAGAGGAUAUCCAACUUAUGUGCUUCAGAAUUCUGCAGAUGGUGCCCUUGCCCAAACUGGUCACAUUGGUGUGUCAGCCCAGCAACAACAUGGCCUUCCUGAUCCUGAGUAAGGCCACCACAGAGAUAGCUCUGAAGACCCAGAUCCUAGGCAAAGGCCCCUACCUCAGUAGCUUCCAUCUCACGCCCACCCAGGUCAUCUCCCCACAGAAACUCCUGACCCAUCUUGUGUUGUUUGCCCUGAAGCCCUACAGACAAAAGAAGUUUGGUGUGAGCUCCCUACAACUCUUACAAUCCUUGCAUCCCAUCACUUCCCUGCAUCCUGUCAUCAACUCAAAUGUGGGCCAGCUGUGGAUGAAGAUGAUUCCCCAGAUGUUGCAGAUCCUGGAAGAUAAUGAUGAGAAGAGCCUGAAGCAGAAGGAUUGGGAGAACAAGCUGCUCCAGUUUUCCAGUCAGUCACUGAUGGCCAUCAAUGAUGACAGCUGGCUGGAGCAACUCACCAUGGUCAUCUUGGAGAGGAUAAAUUAUUUCAGCGAUGAUGAGGAGGAGAAGGCUUUCCUGUACAGAUUCUUUGGCUUCACUCUGCAAACCUCAAGGAAUCCGCAGCUGGUUAAGAUGAUGCUCUCAGCCAUCCUGAAAACUUCCCAUGAGGAGCUGCAGGAGAGGGAGGGCCUUGCAGUGGCACUCGGCAUUGUGUCCCUGAAACAUCUGAAGAUAGUUCUGGAUGGACUGCAGGAGUAUGGCACAAUGCUCACCAACCCGGAAACAUCCAUCCUCACUCUGAUGAAGGAACAUCAGCAAAGGGAGUGGGGGCUGGUGUGUGACACCAUCCAUCUGAGCUAUGGCAAGAUUAUCUCGGAGAACAAGGGAACCAUCUUUAAUCAUCUGAACGACAUCCUGACCUUGACCCUUCAGCACUAUUACAACUGCGUUGUGGAAAAGGACAAUAAUCUGAAGCUGUAUUACUUGAGUCCCCUGAUGCACUUGACAAACGUCCUGAGCAGCCAGUCGAUCACCUUGCCAAACACCAUCCCCCAAAAGCUGGAAGUCAUAGCCUUCAUGCUGGAGCUCAUCAGGGGAGAGCCGAUGACCUGCAUCUCCAGCUCCAUUAGACAGAAGGCUAUGAACGUCAUUACGGACUUCAGGAAGCUCAAGCCCCUCUUAGAACCAGAGUACAGAGCGGAUGUACUUCGAACAUGCUACAAGAGUGUGCUCAGCCUGCCGUCCUUGGAGGCCAUGCUGAAGGACGCCUCUAGUCCCAGCGAGGGCCAGGCCAAUGUGGAACUGUUCAGGGAGACCAUGCAUGCUCUCCGGAAGCUAAUGGAAGCGAUGGUCCUUGAGGAACCCACUCGGAUCCCCACCUGCUUGGAGCUACUGGAUUCGUGGCUGAAUUCCCAAAAGGACAAUGAGCGGGAACGGGCCAUGUGGUGUGUUGCUCGGAUUCUUGGUUUCACUGUUAAAAUGAAUAAUUUUGAAGUGGAAAUCCAGUUCACUCGACUGGGACCCCUGGUGAGGCUGCUGGCCAUACGGUGUCAGGACCCAGUGGACAACAUCUCCUUCCUGUCUUCCCAGGCUGUUUACAACCUCUACUGCAUCCUCUUGCUGCAAAAGCAGAUGAUGAGGAAGAAACAAGGCUUGUGGGAAGAAGAAGACAAGAGUGAAGUCUACAGUGCUCAUGUGUUCCAUAACAACAUCUAUGAAAUUGCCAAGGCAUUUGCAGAGUACUUCACCCAAAUCCAGCUCACCAACCUGGUGCUGAUGGCCAUGGAGGGCCUGACGGACAGCAAGGCCAAGGUGUCUCUGGCUGCAGCCCAGCUGAUGAACGCUGUCAUGAAAGAACGGGGCAAAGACGUGAUAAAGAUCGAACAGAUUGUGGAGGGGAUCCUUGAACGACUCAACUUGCAACAGGAGCCCAGCACCAGGGAGGAGAUUCAGCAGGUCAUGUGCUCACUGGCAGGCAGCAACACUGAUGCUGUGGUGCCCAUGCUGCUUAACAAGCCCUUGCCUUGGGACAGAACCAAACUGACCUUGUGGAGAACAUUUGGCACCCAGCGAGGGACCACCAUCAAGAUCCUUCAGCUACUCAUCAAUAUCCUGGAGAAGAACCCCAGGGAGGACACCAAGGAGAUGGCCUUCCAGCCCGUGGCGGUAACAUGUGCCUUGUGUGAGAUGCUGUCAGGGCCUCCCAGCCAGGAGGCCGUCAGAGAACUGUAUCCCCGGCUGCUGCUGGCUGUGCUAUGUCAUCUCUACUGGGUGAUUGAGCAAAGUCCUCCCCAGAAUAUGUUGGUUUACAGCAAGGAGGGCGCCCUGGGCAGCAAGAGCAAGCCCUUUGACCCUGCUAGUUGUACCUUGGAGGUAGUGAAGUUGGUGUUCAUGGCGGCUGCAUAUGAUAGCGUGGUGAUCUAUGCCAGUGAACAUCACUGCUGGGACCUUCUGUCCAGCCCCAAAUCUUACUACAUAGGGAUCAUGGACUUGACAAGUGGCAUCGUGAAGAACUGUGAAACCUUCAUCCUGCACCGAUUCCUGAACCGUGUCAGGAACAUGCUCUAUAGCUUGGAUCACCGCCAGAAGGUCACGGCCAGGACCUUCUACGUGCAGCUCCUCUGGCAUCGAACAGUGGCAGAGACCCUGGGUCAAGACUGUGUGGACAAUCUAGUCAGGUGGAUCAAGGAACCCAGCCUCAUUAUGAAGGAAAUUGGUCUCCGAGGAAUCAGUAACCUGGCACUGCACCCAAAACAUUCAGAGGCUCUUAAGAGCCUGGUUCCACUGUUGAGAGACUUCCUGAAGAAUGAGGCGCGAGUGACAGUGCAGGCGGUGAAGGCCCUGAGGAACAUCAUCUACCACAGGCUGGGGGAGGACACCAAGCUGAUCUUUUGUAGCAUCUCCAAGCAACUGUGUCCACUCAUCAAUGAUGAGAGGGACCAGGUGAGGAUCUCAGCCACCUCUUCCCUGGGCCACAUGCUCCGUCGACUGUUCCAGUUCAAGCCUGGAACCAGUGUCCGAAGGGAGAUCUACACUUUCCUUGUCCCGUUGCUGCUCAGCCUACAGGACAACAAUAUCCAGGUGGUCAAGGCCUGUGGAGGGGCCCUGUCUGAGUGGGCUAACGUGAUUGGCUGGUCAUCACUCAUACAGAUGUUCCGACACACCACUCUCAGUGAUCACAUCCAGGUACUAGAAGAAACGUGCAGUUUCCUGGUCUACACAGUCAGACAUUAUCUCCUGGGGGUGUUACUAACCCAGAGCUUCAGCUUUCUGAAGAGCCCUCAAGUGUUCCUCCGGACAGCCGCACUCAACUUCAUAGGGUUAACAACUAAGAAAAUAAACAUGAGCCACAUUCAGGAGAGUGACGUGCAGCUGGUACAGAAUGUUCUCGAAAGUAUGGAUAGUGACCCCGUGGAAUCUGUGCGGUCGAUGGCCAGUGAUAUCCUGAAAACAAUAGACAAAGACGUGAAGCACCAUCACGCCCAUCUGUCCAGGUUGAGUCACAUAAGCGUCAACUUUCUCAAGGUUUCUGGCAUCAAAGCCCCAAAGAGAAAGAAACGCCUUUUCAAGACUGUCAAACAGGAGGGGGAUUAUGACGGCAGAUGGAAAAGGAAGAUGUGGAAUUGGUUCCGAAGUGCCACAAAUUCCAUUUCCAAAUGGUGCAGUGGAGGGGUCACCUUGUUGCAAAGUUCAGUGAAGAAGCAAUCUUUAGGAAAGUCCACUGACAAAGCUGAGAAUGUCUAAAAGGCAGCUGUGUGGGGGUUGCUGGAGAUUCUGCACAACAGGUUGGGGCUUUUCUCCACAGUGCUCCCUCUACUUUUCGUUCACUGGGACAGGCUACUUCGGAUUAAUCCAAAGGAGCCAGUUUUGACUUUGGAAGAUGUUUUGUGUGCCUUGUCCUUAUCUCCCUGGGGGAUAACUGGUUAUCAGCAUAAAGAUUUGUCAAUAAAACUUAUU